AUGGCGCACGCUGGCGGCUCCAACCGCCCCUCGAUCACAUGCCUCGUGCUAGCAAUUGCCUGCUGCGUGGCGCCCAUCGCUGCCAGCCAGCAGCCGGCCGCCAGCGCUGGGCUGCGCCGCCUGGCCGCUGACGGCGCAAGGCGGCGGCCUCGCGGCUCCGCCGGCGGCAUCCCUCAAUCCAUCAUCGAUGCCUACAGCCCAGCCGCUGGCAGCGAUGGCGCCGUCGCUGGCUCCGCGGCUGUCACGCUCCGCCCGCCGCCGCCGCAGCGCCGGCCGCCGCCAUCGCCGCGUCGGCCUCGGCCGCCGGCACGCCGGCCGCCGCCGCCGCCGAUGCGUCGCCCGCCCCCGGCGGCGCCCACCUUUGGGCCUGCAGCUUACGCACAGGUCCUGGCCAAGUCCUUCCUCUUCUACGAGUCCCAGCGGAGCGGCAACAUCAGCGCGGGCAGCCGCGUGCCGUGGCGGCGCAGCGCACACCUGGCGGACCGCGUGCCCGGCGGAUACUACGACGCAGGCGACUAUUUGAAGAUCUCAUACACCACCGCCCACGCCACCCUCAUGCUGGCCUGGGGAGCCCUGGAUUUUGCGGGCGGCAUGGCGCGAGGCAACCAGACACUGCGCGCGCGCUCGGCGGUCAAGUGGGGGGCAGAUUACCUGGCCGCAUGCCACGCCUCGCCCUUCCAGUUUGUGGGGCUCAUAGGAGACAUGACCAUCGACCACGACUACUGGGGCCGCCCGGAGGAGCAGCGCACGUCGCGGCCGGCCUGGGUGUGGAACCGCACGACGGCGGCGUCCGACCUGCUGGGCAUGGCCAGCGCGGCUCUUUCCUCCACCAGCCUCCUGUUCAGUUCCAGCCAGCCAGCCUACGCCGCUGUGCUGCUGGGCAAGGCCAGGCAGCUGUAUGCGUGGGGGGCGGCGGUGCCAGGGCAGUACAGUGACAGCAUGCCGGGAUACCCCCAGGACCUGUACGAGAGCAACAGAUACCACGACAAGCUCAUGCUGGCCGCCGCCUGGCUGCACCGCGCCACCGGCAAUGCCAGCUACCUGGAUGCGGCACACAGGCACUUCCAGCAGACCUCUUUUGAUAACAUCUCGCCAUACACCAGUUACGACAGCCAGUUCACAAUGGCCGCAACCCUGCUUCUGGGUACCGCGCAGCGCAUUGGCGCCGCUCGGGUGCCCGGAUACUCGCAGUACGGCGCCUUCAUCGACUCCACCUUCCUGCAGUACCACGUGGCAGCCAACGGUACCUGGGGCAUCACCCGCAGCCCCCGCGGCCUCGUCUAUCCCAACUGGUCCACGUGGGGCAACAACGCGUAUGCCGCCAACACCGCUUUUGUGGCGCUGCUGCGCGCCAAGCAGCUGGCGGCUGCCAGCCCGAACCGCGUCGCCGCCAUCGCCCUGGCCAAGUCCCAGGUCGAUUACGCCCUCGGCUCCGCCGGCAGGAGCUAUGUGGUGGGGUGGGGCACCAACCCGCCGCUCAGGUGCCACCAUGCGGGCGCCUCCUGCCCUGACCGCCCUGCACCCUGCGGCUGGGACCAGUUCGACGCUCCCACACCUAACCCGCAGGUGCUGCACGGCGCUCUGGUGGGCGGGCCCUCUGGGCCCGGGGAUGCCGGCUACCGCGACGUGCGCUCCGACUAUGAAAGCAACGAGGUCGCCAUCGACUACAAUGCCGGCUUCACUGGCGCCCUCGCCGGCCUGCUCUCCCUGCUGCCCUGA